AUGGAAAUCCAUACAGAACUCACCGACGCCGGCACAAUGGCCAGAUCUCCGGCUUCCCAGAAACCCUUGCCGUCUAAAGUCAGGGUAAUAGCAAGGUUACGCCCAUUUCUCCCCUCUGAAAUCGCUGCCAGAGGUGGAAAUUCAGCCCCAUGCAUCUCCGCUCUCGAUCCAGAUUGUGGGUCUGGCGAAGAAGUUGUCGUUCAUCUCAAAGAUCACGAGUCCAGCCGGAAGGAAUGUUAUAAGUUAGAUUCGUUCUUCAGUCAAGAGAACGACAAUGUGACUCAGAUCUUCCACAAAGAAGUCAGCCCUUUGAUCAAUGGGAUUUUUGGUGGCUUCAAUUCUACUAUUUUUGCUUAUGGCGCAACUGGGAGCGGAAAGACUUACACGAUGCAGGGAUCUGAAGAGCUACCGGGUCUCAUGCCUCUGGCCAUGUCAACAGUUCUCUCUAUGUGCAAGAAUACUGGAAGUUCAGUAGAAAUUUCUUACUACGAAAUAUACAUGGACAGGUGUUUUGAUCUUUUCGAACCCAAAGCCAAAGAGAUUUCUCUGUUGGAGGACAAGGAUGGGCAAGUUCAACUCAGGGGACUUUCCAGGGUACCUGUAAGCUCAAUGUUUGAGUUCCAUCAAAUUUUUGCUUCUGGAAUCCAAAGCCGCAAAGUUGCGCACACAAGUCUUAAUGACAUCUCAAGUAGAAGCCAUGGAGUGCUUGUGAUUUUUAUUUCUUCAGCUUCAGAGGAUGGUUCUAAGGCUCUUGUUAGAGGGAAGCUGAACCUCAUAGAUUUGGCAGGAAAUGAAGACAAUAGGAGGACCUACAAUGAGGGAAUUCGUCUACAAGAGAGCGCAAAAAUCAACCAGUCCCUUUUUGCCUUGUCUAAUGUCAUCUACGCUCUCAACAACAAUAAAGCCAGAGUACCAUAUCGCGAAAGCAAACUGACCCGGAUAUUGCAGGACUCUCUUGGAGGGAUGAGUAGUUGUUUGAUGGUUGUUUGUCUGAAUCCAGGAGAGUACCAGGAAUCAGUUCACACUAUUAGCUUAGCAGCUCGAUCGCGUCAGAUUUCAAAUUAUUUUUCUUCAGAUAAAAAACAAGAUACUCCAAAGGAGAAAGUUGACAUGGAAGCAAAGCUACAGGCUUGGCUAGAAUCAAAAGGAAAGACAAAGAGUGUACAAAGAACAGUGGCACCUUGUUCUCCAUUUUCAAUCAAAACUCCCAGUUAUAUGAGUUCUUUUAAGAGAACCAAGCUGCAUCAAACUCCUUCAAAAGGAAAGGCUACUGGCAUUCAAAGAGAAUCAGCUUCCAAAGAGAGAAACCUAUGCAAUUCUGGAGCUCUAGUUGCACCUUCAAUGGAGGUAGUGCAAGCAAUGGAAAAUCAUCAAUUAACAGAUUUAAUUAAAGAAGCAGACAUGGGCCUUAAGACAACGGAGGAAUGCUUAGAAGGCAGUGAUGCUACAAGAAGCAUGCUCAGUGUUCUAGAAUCAGUAACUUUACCUGGUGAGACUUCAGACAAAGUAAAGAAGACAACCAUGCCAUCUUUCAACACUGUGGGAUCAUCACCAAAUCGUAAACCUUUGGGCAAGGAUGAUAACAUAAGUGCAACCAUCCCAUCUACCAACUCUCUAGGAUCGCCACCAACUAAUGAUAGGAUCAGAGAACUACAAAAUUCUAUAAGAAAAAUUCUUUCUCCCAUCAACCCCAAUAUAAACACUAAAACCCUUGAAGACCUCUCAUCCAAAGACAGAGUAUGUUUAGUUUUCUUUGAGCCCACGACUCCUAAAACACCUUAUCCUAUAACCUAUGAUAGCAAUGGAGUUCAAAUAACUGGCACUCCACUUGAUAAGUUCAAUGCACGGAGUUCCAAUUUGAAGAGUUCCCUUGUUCAAGAGUACCUUGCAUUCUUGAACUCUGCCAGAAGAGAAGAACUAUUGGAGCUAAAGGGGAUUGGACAGAAAAGAGCAGAUUAUAUAAUCCAGAUCAGAGAAACAAGCCCUUUUCAAUCGUUGUGCGACUUGGAGAAGAUGGGCCUUUCAUCCAAGCAGGCCCAUGAUAUCUUUAGGAGAGCAGCAAGAGGAAUCUUUAACUAACCAGAGAAUUUGCUCAGAAACUAGAGAAGGAAGAGAGAGAUAAAGAUAGAGAUGUGUGUUUCCAUGGGCUGUCAUGGAUUUGAUUUGGUGUCAAAGUCUCC